AUGGCGCCAAGAGUUACACCGGAGUUCGACACGAGCAGCAGACCUGGCUCUGCAUACGAAAUCGAUAAAGAGGCAAUGUUUAACGGGUAUAAUAGAAAAAUCAGGGUAUUGACUAUAGGGGCGGGCCUGAGCGGUAUCAUGAUGGCCUACAACAUCCAGAAGCAUUGCCAGAACGUCGAGCAUGUUGUAUUUGAUAAGAACCAUGAUAUAGGUGGUACCUGGCUGGAGAAUAGAUAUCCAAACUGUGCGUGCGAUGCGCCGAGUCACUCUUAUAUAUUCAACUUUGCUCCUAAUCCCGAGUGGAACAACAUCUAUUCAUAUGCCACAGACGUAUGGGCGUAUCUGGACAGAGUAUGCGAAGUCUUUGAUCUUCGCAAGUACAUGACCUUCAACACGAGAGUGAUAGGCGCCUACUGGGAAGAGACUUGCGGCCAGUGGAGGAUAAAGCUCAGUCAGACGACGCCGGAUGGAUCCCAGAGAAUUAUCGAAGAGAGAUGCCAUGUUCUGCUGAAUGCUUCAGGGUUUCUAAAUAAGUUAAAGUGGCCAGAUGUUCCUGGGCUUGACGAAUUCAGGGGAAGGUUGAUUCACACCGCAGCAUGGCCGAAAGACUACCAGGCAGAGCAGUGGAAAGGGGAGAGCGUUGUAGUAAUUGGCAGCGGAGCCUCGAGCAUCCAGACGGUUCCUGGGAUGCAGCCACACGUGAAGCAUAUGGAUGUAUUCGUGAGGACAGGUACAUGGUUCGCAGCCAUUGCGGGAAACCAGGGAGGCAACUCAACCUAUUCGGACAAAGAGAAGGAGAUAUUCAGGUCCGAUCCGCAGGCGCUGGUUGAGCACUGUAAAUCCUGGGAAGACCAGAUCAAUGCCCUCUGGGGGAUGUUUUAUAAGGGAAGCCCGGCACAGGCGGCUGUCCGUCAGAUGUACGAGCAGCGAAUGGCCGAAUGCAUCAAAGACGAGCGUCUCUUAAGGGGAUUUCUGCCUUCGUUUGGCGUGGGAUGCCGCAGAAUGACCCCUGCAGAUCCAUUUAUGGCGGCGAUCCAGCAAGACAACGUCGACGUCCACUUCACGGCAGUGACUGAAUUCACAACAGACGGGUUGAUCGGCGAAGAUGGUACCGAGAGAAGGGCGGAUACGAUCAUAUGCGCCACAGGCUUCGACACUUCGUACCGACCCAAGUUCCCGCUUGUUGGCCAGGGGGGCGUCGAUCUUCGUGAAAAAUGGAAGACUCACCCGGAGUCGUAUCUUGGCCUGGGAGUCCCUGGGUUCCCUAACAUGAUCUCUUUCUUUGGCCCGACAUGGCCUGUCCACAACGGAUCGGUGGUCGGCCCACUGAUGGAGGCGGGCAGCUAUGCCAUUGAAUUUAUCCGCAAGAUCCAAAAUGAAGAUAUACGCUCGAUCAGCCCGCGACAAGACGUCACCGACGCUUUCAACGAGCAUGUCCAGGAAUGGAGCAAGCAUACCAUCUGGGCAGACCGCUGCCGGAGCUGGUACAAGGACUACAAAACUGGACGGGUGAAUGCGAUAUGGCCGGGCAGCUCGGAGCAUUUCAUCGAGCUGAUGAAGCAACCCCGGUUCGAAGACUACACAAUCACUUAUCGGAAGAAGAACAUGUGGAGUUUCCUAGGGCUGGGAAAUGUUCCUGCGAAUAUCACAGAGGGAGUUGAUCGAAGUCCGUAUCUCUCUGUGGAUGCGAUUGAUCCUCGCUGGCUGGCAGCGAUCAACAGGGAGCGACAGGACUAA